AUGGAGCUAGGUCGUGAUUCUGAUACUGGCGGUCAGAUUAAAUAUGUUGUAGAACUUGCUCGAGCACUGGCUACGAUGCCAGGUGUAUAUAGGGUUGAUCUGUUUACCCGACAAGUUUCCUCACCUGAAGUAGAUUGGAGUUAUGGUGAGCCGACAGAGAUGCUUAGUACGGGUUCAGAUGAUGCGGAUGGUGCUGGUCUCGGUGAAAGCAGCGGGGCCUACAUUGUAAGAAUACCCUUUGGUCCUCGGGACAAGUAUCUUCCAAAAGAACUAUUGUGGCCUCAUGUUCAGGAAUUUGUUGAUAGAGCACUGGGUCACAUUCUUAAUAUGUCAAAGGCUUUGGGCGAAGAAAUCGGUGGAGGACAGCCCGUCUGGCCAUAUGUUAUUCAUGGCCAUUAUGCAGAUGCAGGUGAUGCGGCCGCUCUCCUUUCGGGUGCAUUAAAUGUCCCAAUGGUUUUAACAGGACACUCAUUGGGCAGAAACAAGCUAGAACAACUUCUAAAGCAAGGAAGACAAUCAAAAGAGGAUAUUAAUUCAACAUAUCGGAUUAUGAGAAGGAUAGAAGCCGAAGAGCUUUCUUUAGAUACUGCAGAGCUUGUUAUCACGAGCACUAAGCAUGAGAUUGAAGAACAAUGA